CGGCCACCGGCCGUCAGCGCGCGCGCUCGCUCAGUGUCUUCCCGGGCUCCGCUGACCUCAGACGAGCCCCGCCGAGGGGGAUGCUCUGAGCACCACCUCCCGGGGCAGUUGCGCCUCUCAGUGCACUCGGACGUCCCCGGCCAAAGCAGCCAGGGGAAGUUGUCUUGUGAGCCCGCGGCCCCUGGCUCUCCUCCCCCUGAGCCCCGCCCCCCGCCCGGCGCGGGGACCGCAGAGCCGCCCGGACCGGGGGCGUCGCCGCUAGCGCUCCCGAGCCCGCGGAGCCCACGGAGCCAGUGCAGACGGCGAGUGUCCGUUUCCCUGCAAGCAGCUCUUGUAGCCCGGAGGCCCAGGGACCCCUGCGCUCCCCAGCCACGGCGCGCGCCCAGAGCGCGGGAGCCCGUAGCACCGGGCGCCUGGGACCCCGCGCAGCCUCUGGCCAGCCCGCGGGGCUAGGCAGGGAUGCGGGCUGCACUGUGAGCCCGGGCGCCAGGGCCAUGGCCGGCGCCCGCUGCCGGACCCUGUACCCCUUCUCCGGGGAGCGGCACAGCCAGGGACUACGCUUUGCUGCGGGCGAGUUGCUCACUCUGCUCCAGGUCCCGGACGGAGGCUGGUGGGAAGGCGAGAAGGAGGACGGGCUCCGUGGCUGGUUCCCCGCCAGCUACGUGCAGCUGCUGGAGAAGCCUGGGAUGGUCCCCCCUCCGCCGGGAGAGGAGAGCCAGACGGUCAUCCUUCCACCUGGCUGGCACAGCUACUUGUCUCCUCAGGGCCGCCGUUACUAUGUCAACACGACUACCAAUGAGACCACCUGGGAACGGCCCAGCAGUUCUCCUGGGAUUUCAGCCAGCCCUGGCCAUCACAGGAGCUCUCUGCCUACAGCAGUGAAUGGAUACCACGCAUCAGGGACCCCGGCGCACCCUCCAGAGACUGCCCACAUGAGUCUCCGAAAAUCCACCGGUGAUUCCCAGAACCUGGGAUCCUCGUCGCCGAGCAAGAAACAGAGCAAGGAAAACACCAUCACAAUAAACUGUGUGACAUUCCCUCACCCAGACACAAUGCCUGAACAACAGCUGCUCAAGCCGACUGAGUGGAGCUAUUGUGACUACUUCUGGGCGGAUAAGAAGGACCCACAAGGGAAUGGCACAGUGGCUGGAUUUGAACUGCUGCUGCAGAAGCAACUGAAAGGCAAGCAGAUGCAGAAAGAAAUGUCUGAGUUCAUCCGGGAAAGGAUAAAGAUUGAAGAGGAGUAUGCAAAGAACCUGGCUAAGCUCUCUCAGAACUCCCUGGCUGCCCAGGAGGAAGGAUCCCUGGGAGAGGCAUGGGCCCAAGUAAAGAAGAGCCUGGCAGACGAGGCUGAAGUUCAUCUCAAGUUCUCCGCCAAGCUCCACAGCGAGGUGGAGAAACCACUCAUGAAUUUCCGCGAGAACUUCAAGAAGGACAUGAAAAAGUGUGACCACCACAUCGCUGACCUCCGCAAGCAGCUGGCCAGCCGCUACGCCUCAGUGGAGAAGGCCCGCAAAGCCCUCACAGAGCGGCAGAAGGACCUGGAGAUGAAGACCCAGCAGCUGGAGAUCAAGUUGAGCAACAAGACUGAGGAGGACAUCAAGAAGGCGCGGCGGAAGUCCACUCAGGCUGGAGAUGACCUCAUGCGCUGUGUGGACCUCUACAACCAGGCCCAGUCCAAGUGGUUUGAAGAGAUGGUGACCACCACACUGGAGCUGGAGCGGCUGGAGGUGGAGAGGGUGGAGAUGAUCCGACAACAUCUGUGUCAGUACACACAGCUGCGCCAUGAGACAGACAUGUUUAACCAAAGCACAGUCGAGCCCGUGGACCAACUGCUGCGAAAAGUGGACCCAGCCAAAGACAGGGAGCUCUGGGUCCGAGAGCACAAAACAGGCAAUAUUCGCCCAGUGGACAUGGAAAUCUAGACCUGCCUGUGUGGUCCUGGGGGUUCUGCUGAGGAGAGGGGCGGGGGGUCCCAUGGAGAAGGGGUGGAUCUGCCCUAUUACCUGCUGACCUAUCCACAGAGAAGGAAAAAAAGAGCCGGUGAUGCCAGAAAGAGGGCCUAGCCAUGGGCUCCCCAAUAUUCCUAGGCCAUAAAGGUGGACUCACAGCCCUGACUCCAUCUUGAAGAUUGAAGCCUCCCCUCCAACUCCCACGCUGUGCUUGUCCCUCUGAGAACAAACUGAGGCUAGAGCCCUGGGAUCUCCCUGCUGAGUUCCAAUGGGGUGGCCAUCACAUGGCUGUGCCCCAGGUAUCCAGGGCAUGUCCCUCCAGCUGACUUCUCAUCUCCAGGGCAACAAGAAGAGGAAGAGAGGGAGGUCUCUGUCCCUAAACAAUGUCAGGACCGGAAUCAAGGAUAGGAGGCACAGAAUAGCUCACAGCCCACACCCACAACGUUUUCACCCCUCCCUACUUUUCCCCAUUACAUUCCAAGAGCCCGUACCUAUUUUUUUCAUCCCCCACACAGGACGGGGUGGGGGUAUCUUCUCAACCCAACUCUGGAGAGGUCAGGACAGAACUACCUCAGUUGGCACCCCCAGAUCAUGGCUCCCAUCAGUUUCCGAUCAGACAUUGGCUGUAAAGUCUACCACGGAAGACUCAACCUGCCCUCCCUUUCAGCCUCUUUCUCAAGGAAGAAGCUCCCCACUCUCACCCUGACACCCCUUACCAGACUCAACAGAAAAUGUUUCCAAAGUCCUCAGAUAGCUGUGUGCAUGUCCAAAGGCUUUGUGGGUGGGGUCUCAGAAAAAUCUAAUCUGCAACAUGCCCACUGCCCCUCAACACUAUGACAACCUUGUCCUGAGCUCUCCCAGGCUGCUGACCACAUAACCAGGUCCUGUUGGGAUGGCAGUCAGGGUCAGCCUAGGCUAUUCUCUGAUGGGUCCAGCUGUAUGUACAUGAUGGUGUAGGAACUGAUGUCCUCCUUACUGAUGCUAGACAGCAGUGCAGACUCCGAGGCUGUAGGUGAUUGCCACUAGGAGAAGGAACUUUGGGAAGUCACAUAGUGAGCAGAGGGCCAGAUUCUAGCUGGGAACUUGUCCCUGGGAGGUCAUCCUUCUUCAUUUUUCCCACAGGCGACUUAAUAUUUGACUUGUCUGUCUCCCCCAAGGGAAGAAUCCUCUGAGCACAGCUCGCAUCGUUUAGUCUUUCGUGCUAAAAGCAGACAAUUGACUAAACUCGACCCUUUUUGGCACCUCAUCUACAGAACCUCUCAUGUUUCUUAGAAGGGUGCCUAAUACAUUAAAACAAACUAAGCAUCGUCACUUUUCUUACUGAAAUAUCUCAACCAUAAAGGCCAUCAUGAGGACUUUUCACCAAAAGUCUCUGUAUUCCAGAACUCGGCAUGAACCAUGACACCAGCUGUCAAUAUUCGGAUAUUAUUUCCUCGUUUCUGUAUUAAAAAUGGGUGCUGUGGUUUGGCAACCUAAUUUGUGAGUGAUGGUCAAAUUCCAAGUCUUGUCAUACACAGGGGUUUUGGGUACCACAAUGUGGCUCAUGACUUUGUUCCCUUACCCCCAACCAGAGGGUUCAAAGUUGUCACUUCCUUCAACAUAACCCCAGUUGGCUGAUGUGAGCCAAUUUAUUCUGAGGCCAUUCCUUCUCCAUGGCCACCUCACCUCCAUUUUAGUCUAUCCGCAUAUAGACUUUCUCCUAUUGUUCAUUCAGGAAGCGUUUUGUUAUAGACAAGCAAUGUGUCAUCAAUCUGAGGACAGGCUACAGCUCUGUCAUCCAAACAUCCUCAGACCUGCGUUAUGUAGACACCCCUCUUCCCGAGAUAAUGUCGGCUCUCCUUCUCUGCCCAUUUGAGUUCUCGAAGGUACUGGCUGUGUGGUGGUUUUUCUGAAUCUGUUCGUUUUGCACACUCGUUUUCUCAGCGAAUGCUUGGAACUAACUGGGUGCUGAGUGCUGGAACUAGUCUGUGUCUAAAAGGACACUGUCCAUCCACAAGUGGACAGGUGUGUUUAGACCCUUCUGGAGAGAAGGUACAAUCCCACUUUGCCCUGGGAUCUUAAAGUAUUAACGCUACUAGGUCUUAACCCAGCAGCAAGACUUGAGUCUCGUCACUACCGAACUCUCAGCUCAUACCUAGCUCCAAUUUCAGAAACAGUUUUGGUUGCUUUUCAGUACCUUCCCCUGUACUACAAAUAGAAAGAGCGAGAACAUGGAGGACGAGGGUGCCAGGAAAUGACACCCAGAACUAUGAGUCAAGUGUCCAGCCACCUUGUGGGUGAAAUUAAGAUGCUGAUGGUGUCUGAAAACCGAAAGUGCAUAUCCGAGGUUGAGUGUUCAAGCUGUCGUUGGGGUCCUUGUUCUGUUUGCGGUACUGGGGACCCAACCCAGAGUCACGUGUGUCUAAGCCAGUGCGCCCCCACUUAGCUACACCCAGCCCUGUUAUCUUGCUUUUGUGAACAUGUCAGUGCUUAGGUUCUGAGAGGCUUUGGCUGGGUUUGUUCAGGGUGAGCCAGCAUCCAUUGUCCAGGCUGCGAGCUGCACAGCCCUUUCUACCUGCCCUUGCUCGGGAGUGCCAGUGCACUUACGCUUUGUCUGCAAAUGCCUGAUUUUUUAAAAAAAAAAAUCUCUAAAAUGAAUGAUGUUAAAAAAAAAUGGUUUAGUUGCCAUGGCAACCUCCAGGAAGAGACACUUGUUACCCUUCAUUAUUUUCUAGUACUUUUGAACAGUCCCACAGUGCACAGGCCAUUUGAAGGAUGUGGAGAGCAGCCCAGAGCUGUCUCUGGGACUGCUGUGGGGGCCACCUUUCUACCUCCACACGAGACCCUGCUGUCUCGGGAGGAUCUCCACAGUGGUUGGUUAAUAGCUGAAACAAAGUAUCCAAAUUCAUGGCGGGAUUGUGUCGAUUCCCUCUGGGAAAUCCAGCCAAUUACCACAGUAAUGGACGGGUGUGUGAGACUCUUGGCUAAGCCAAAGUCCUUUCAUGGAAACACAAGCCAUAAAAGUCAAAAGGUGUCAAAAGAUUUGGCUUGUUGGAGGGCUUGCUCCCAGCUGUGGGUAGCCUUGACAGGAACUUGAGCAGGAGUCUGAAGAAGCUAGGGAAGGCAUUGUACAGACACAGAGUAAGAAAGCAGGUCAACUGCCCGAUGGCUUAGUGUGGAGACCCCCUCACCCCAUAGUUGUCCACACUCUGAAAAGUACCCUUCCACCCCCCUUCUCAAGGUAACCAAGGUGUGAUUAAAAUACAGUAAAAUCUAUCCUUUAAAGGAACGCAGUUCUUUGAACCUUCACACGGAUGAUCUUGUCAACCAACCAAGACUGGCAUGACUUCAUGUCAGUUCCCUUUGCCUGCCCCUGACCUAGCAACCAAAUCGAUGCUCUGUCCCUUUAGUUUUGCCUUUUCCUACAAUGCCAUUGUCAUUGGAGUGACACGGAUACAACCUUCUGAGUCAGCCACCAUGUCGUGUGUGUCAGUAGAGGGUCCCCUUUCACUGCUGAGUGGUACUCCAUCCCAUGGGUGGACCCCAGGGUUCCCUUAGUUUUAAAGUGAGGUUUUUAUGCCCUGGAAGUCAUAGCCCCAGAUCUCCUGUUUGUUUGACUGAUUCCAAACGUUGCUUCCUACAUUCCAGAGACUCCUUCCCCAGACCCCCAGCUGUGCCCUUGGCUGGUUCUGUUGCUGCACUCACUUGGUUGGUGAUUCUAGUUUUGGGUCAGUACGGAAAGCAGAAAGGGGUAGCAACAGAAUGUCACUCUCUCCACUGCAGCAGCGGACUAUCUCUCCAUGCAGGAAAAUCCUCUCCUGCAGGGGGCUGUCACCUUAGUCGUCAGGGCCUGGCGUUUAUUGAGUAAUGACUCUUGGGCACAGCUUGAGCCUUUCCUGAAUCUGAUGUAUCACCUGCCAACUGAGGGUGCUUGUCCUAGGAUCUCUCUGAAGCCUUUAGAUCCAGUGUUCUCCCCCAUCCCCUCACGGCCUGUUUGUACCCUAUGCAUGUGGUCAUGUGUAACCUGGCGUCAUCUGCACAGCUGUGGCCAGAAUCCUCAUGAUGGACACUUUUCUAGGUAAAGCCAAAUGGAACUGAAUCAUGUCACUAGCUGAGAAGUACUUAGUUCAAACCCUCAAAGAAACUGUAAGUCAGUACCAGUACCUUCUGGGUCUGUCCACAGGAGCUAGGAUGGCUAUAAAGACGGGGCCAACUGAUCAAGUCCUUGUGUCUUUGACUUGCCAGCACUCACACAGACUAGCUCAAGCCUACACCUUACAACCAAUAGAGACAGGACCUAGCCCAGCUGAGGUCAGGCCAGGCUGUGGGUGGAACCCCUUGGCGCCUACUCCUCCAAGCUGUCUUAGUGAGGUACUACCGAGUGAAAGGUAGAUCCUAGAAGGCUCUUGUGAAGCUCCAGGUAAACUAAGGCAUUCCUAGACUCAGAUGAGGGUCAGAGCUGGGAAAUCAGAACCCAAGGAUCUCAUAUGAGAGGCAAAGCUGCUAAGACCCCCGGAGGAAGGGACUCGUCCAACCCCUCAAUUGCUAGUUAAUUGUUUCUGCGGGAAAGUUCCUGCGGUAAGGGACCUGCUCCUCAGGGGACAGGCUCCAACAGGGGCUCAAGAUCAAGGCUCCACUGUCCUAACCUUCUAGUGCUGAGUGGUGACUCUUGGGGACAGAACUAUGGAGGCUUGGGCUGGGGGAGUGGGGAUGGCCUUUAGACACUUCCUGGGUGAUAUUGGAAAUGAGGCCCCUUUGUAUCUGAGGGGAGCUCCCAACAGGACUUCAAUGGUAGAAUGUGAAGGGCCAGAGUCACAGGGUGAUACUGGGACAGAAAGAGAGAGCUGGGCCUGGCUCUGCCGUGCUUCCCAGUCUGACCCGCACCCUGAGGUCAUACCCUGUCGGGACUUCUAUGUGCUCAUCUGUCCCUCCCUACAGCUUCCUCAGCAGACAGGUUCUUGGACCCAGGCACCAACAUUCCAAGGGACACCAGCCAACCUGGGUGAGGGCCCAAUUCUGUAUGUCCCUCCCCUUCCCCGGGGAACAAGAUGUCCAGUGGCAUCCCAUUGCAACCCGAGCACAUCAGCAAACCCCAAGAACAUGGAAUUUUCUAACAAAAUAAACUUGCUUGUUUGGUCUGUUUUCUGUAACUUUUGCUAAAUACUUUAUACAUUUUUAAUGUUGAAAAGCUGUGUCUCCUGCCAGCAUUCCUCGCCCGGGAUGAAUGUGUUUAUUCCGCGCUGUAUAUCUCUCCAUGCUCUGGCUGCCUAGACCAGUAAGUAAAAUGGAUGUAAUAUAAGUUGUAAGUAACACUGUCAAAACCCUGAUCCCAAUGGAGGCCGUCCGCCUUCCCCACCCUGUAAUCGCAUCUGUGUGUAUUAAUUCUGAAGAAUUAAAUGUUUAAAUUAGAGUUU